AUGGCUAGCAGCGGCAGCAGAAGACGUCGAUACCUUUGUGAUGUUGGGGAUGACCAUGACUGCAUUGAGGUGAAAUGUCCCAAGAAGUCUUUGCAGAAAGUCAAGUGGUCGAGGGAAGAGGAUGAGAGGCUGAAGAGGCUUGUGGAUGAACACGGAGCAGAUGAUUGGAAUGUGAUCGCAGAUAAUUUCAAGAAAAGGUCUGAGUCUCAGUGUCAGCACCGAUGGCAAAAGGUGCUCAACCCAGAGCUGGUGAAAGGGCCAUGGACCAAGGAGGAGGAUGAGAGGGUCAUCGAGUUGGUGCACAGGUAUGGCCCCAAGCGCUGGUCCAUCAUUGCCAAGCAUCUGCACGGGCGUAUCGGCAAGCAGUGCCGGGAGCGCUGGCACAACCACCUUAACCCUGAGGUGAAGAAGUCGUGCUGGACUCAGGAGGAGGAUCGGAUCAUAUACGCUGCUCACAAACGUAUCGGGAACCGCUGGGCUGAGAUAGCCAAGCUGCUGCCUGGCAGGACAGAUAACUCUAUAAAGAAUCACUGGAACUCGACCAUGCUUAGGAAGGUGGAGCACGAGGGCUAUCUGCAGGACGUCCCGACUCGGGUGCACAAGACCAAGGCUUCCAUCAAGAAAAGAACCAAGUCUUCCGGCUCCUCCUGGCGGAGACAGAAUCACUAUUUCAUGACUAUCCCUACAAAGAUUUCAGGAUAUUCCCUUGGCUUGUUGAAUGGCCAGUACAUGGACAGUGUUCCUGAAACCUCUUUCUUUGUCCCGCAGUCGUUCACUGAUGGCUCCUCCAACAAAGAGCAGAGAAUUAAGGAACUCGAGCUGCUCCUUAUGGCAGCCGAGAGCGAAGUCAGGAGACGACAACUACUCACCCCCGGCCACUACUCCAGCUGGUCCAGCAGCCUGACAGACGACGGUCUGACCAACACGACCCUGAGCAGCUUGGGGAACCAGAGUAUGGAGGGCCGUGGUUCGGCUGUCUACACUCCUGUGUCUCCCAGCAGGUUCCUGGCCGUGGAGGCAAGCGCUGUCCUCUCCUCCCUCCAAACCAUCCCCGAGUUCGCAGAGACUCUGGAGCUCAUAGACUCGGACCCAGUGGCUUGGAGCGAGGUGACCAGUUUCAGCUUGAAGGAAAUGAGCUCGCCCCUGAAACAGGAAGUGAUGUUGUCUGUCUCUCAAGUGGGGAUGCCAGAAGGAGCUAGCUACCAUUUUGAGGACUCAGUCAUAAUGGACCUGAGUGAGAAAUACACUGAACUGAUGCCUGCCUCUUCACCCACCGUGACUAAGCUGAGCACACCUCCCUCCAUCCUGAAGAGGAGGGAGAGGGGGGAGCAGUACCCUGCCAGUCAGUGUCACAGUACCUCCUUUUUGAACAACAGCACCACCUCACCUAGCAUCACUCAUGUCAAAGCACUGCCAUUCUCUCCCUCCCAGUUUUUCAAUGUGUCUGGAGUUGAGGAUUUGACUCUAGAAAACCCAGCUCUGACGUCCACCCCAGUGUGCGGUCACCAACGUGCCAACACCACCCCCCUCCAGAAGGAGUUAACAACCAAGUAUCAGAAGGAGAAUGCUGGGUUCAGGACCCCCAAGGUUCGUAAAGCCAUCAUGUUUCCCAUGCCACUAACUCCAACACCAUUCAAGACUGUCACGGCCACCCAAGAGAAGAUGCAGGCCCAGCUGAAAAUGAUGAUGCAGCAGCCCCAGUCCCUGGCCUACCUGGAGGAAGAGGUGCUUAGAGUGGAAAACAAGGUUGAUAUGUUAAUUCAUGCAGAAACACAGGCUGACUUCUGCUCCUCCUGGAAACAUGAGGUUGCUCCAUCGUCCAGGAGUGUUAGGAAAUCCCUGGCUGCGGAACCCUGGAAUAAGGACUGCCACAGUGCUCAACUCUAUUUCCAAGAAGACUUCAACAAUGCACAGAUCCAUGGGGAGAGCCUGCUGACCAGCGCCCCCCUGAGGUCGUCCAUGCUGGGCUGUGAGGAGCUGGUGUACUCGCCAGCCCCUGGAGUAGGACCAGGGAGAGAGGAGCCAUGCUGUUACCUGACCCACCACACCCUCACCAUCGCACCGAGGAGAGACGACAACUGUGAGUGGGAUGCUGUGGUAUUUGGGAAGACUGAUGAUCAGAUGAUCGUAGCUGAGCAGGCCAGACAGUUCCUCAGCUCCCAGACACCUGGCUGUGCCUCCAGAACCUUGGUUCUCUGACAGGACCUCAACACUACUUAGGCUGUGUUUAGACAUUCAGCCCAAUUCUGAUUUUGUUUGCCACUAAUUGGUCCUUUGACCAAUCAGAUUUUUUGCCAGUAAUUGGGCAAAAGAUCAGAAUUGUGCUUCCUGUGUAAGUACAGCUUUAGUAGCUAACAGUUAGCCUCAUCCUACUGUAUGUGCUUUCUGGCUUGACACUGAUGAUAGGAGUUGGCAAGAGAGCACAAACAGACCUGGGCCAGGCUCGCUAACAGUCACUAAGAUAGUUUUUACCCAGAGGUAUGCUAAUACUAGACAAUUUUACUAUAGGUAGGAAAAAUCAUAUUACCUACUUUUAUUUUUUGUCCAUGGAUUCACACAAAACAACCACCUGUGAUUUUUUUAUUUGUCUAUUUUCAAUUACAGGUUGAUAGGAAAAUUAUUUAACAACAUGUAGCCGAUUAACCAUACUGGUAGCAGUUCAUUGAAGUUAUUUUGUAUUGAAUAACCUUAUUAAAGACCAUAACUCUGUUGAUUUUGCACUAUAAAAAGUGGUGUAUGUGUUGUAUACUGUAGCAAGAGAAAGGUGGAGGCAUUUAAUGAGUGUUUUCUGUGUUGAAGGUGCAGAGAAAUUGGAAUCUGUAACUUUUUGUAAUUCAUUGUGCAGAAGCCUUUGAAGCUUUUCUCAUCAAAAAUAAUAUUGAUAUUGUUGAUUGUUGAUAUUGAUAUCUGAUGGUGUUAAUGCUGUUUUACCGCUAAACAAAACCCCCAACAGAAUGGAAUUUUUUAACACUUCAUCAGUGAAUCAUGUUAGAUACUGAAAGUACUUUUCAAAACUUAUAAAGAAAUGUACUGUUACUUAUUUGCACAGACUGUAAACAUGUUCUAAUUAUUUUGAAUUGGACAAUAGCUUGUGUUUCUAAUCUCUCCCCCUGGAGAUGAAAGCAUUGAAAAAUUCACAGAACACAUCCUGCCCCAUAUUCACAUUUUGUCCCAUAUUAUUACAAACACAGUUUACAGCCUUCCACCUCAGAUAUCUAUGCAGAAGCAAAUUGCACUUAUUGUUGUCAACAUUUGUGUAUUCCUUUGGAUGUAGCAUACACAUUUUGUUAUAAUUGAAUGUACUGUUAUUGUUACCAGAAGGGUGAUGGAGUUGGGCUUUGUGGCAUGGUACUGUGUGCAUAUUCUGCUGCUACUGAGACAAAGCAGGUCAUGCACGUCUGAGGGUCAGAAGCCAUUGGAGAAACACUGCCUGGGACAAACAUACUUUAAUAAACAUUUGGCAGUUGGUUGGUGUACAUAAGUUAAAGUACUUGCUCCUUGGGUGUCCAAAGAGUUUGUUUUAUGUAUUAGGAUUUCACUUACUGGUAACUCAAAUUGUAAAUGUAUAGGUAUGUAAACUGAUUCCUUUCUUAGCAAGGUUUUAAACAUGGAUUUUAAUUUGAAAUCAUAAAACAGUAUGUAGAAAGUUCUGUAAGGCAUUUUAAGAAAGUCAAGUGUUGAUCUACAGUAUUUGAUUCUGAAGCUUAGUGUGUUAGUUUUACCCUACAUUAAGAAGUAUUUUAUCAACCUAUGCUAGCUAUAGGUAAUAGAUCCAGCUAAAUAUCAAAUAGGUUUCAGUUGAUAGGAGUACUAGGGCAACUGAAGGAUAUUCCAAUCAAAGUUAAUUUCAAGUGUACUGCAUCUUUGUGUAAAGAUUUAUUGUAAUAUGAUUUAACAUUUUGUUUACCUGUAAUAUAGUUUAUUUUUAAACCUGUUCCUAAUUCUAGGUUUGGAGGGAAAAAGGUACAUGUAGCACUUUGGUCUUUCUAUAAAAUAGAAAUUAUACACAUUUGUUUUUCACAGUUUUUAUAUGACACAUUGUUUAUGUCACCUGUGUAUAGAGUCACUGCCAACUCGUGCACAUGUACCUCGGUUUGGUAAUAAUAAAACGUUA